UUUCAUACUCUACAGGACGCUGAGGUGGCGGCAGCACCUAAUUCAUCUUUUCCGCAUUCGCUGCUAGGAAUCAGUUCAUAUUAUCUCAAUGAAAACUCUUACUCGAGCAAAACUCGUGCACAGCUUUUUGAGCAAGGUCAAGAGCUCAAAAGAAGCAGGUCCGAAAGAGAAGGCUUUACUGGCGGAAAUCAGACACUAUCCGCGUCCAGCCGAGAUGUCAGAUGCGUUGGCGCGAAUGCUAGAGAACCUAAUCAAAAAGAUCUGGAUGAGUAAGCCUACCACUUCAUACAAAAAAUUGCUCUCUUUCGACGAAAUGAGGGAGAUAUGUUUACGAACACGAGAGUUAUUCCUUCAAGAGCCAUGCCUUUUGAGGGUGAAGCCACCAGUCAUCAUAGUUGGAGAUGUCCAUGGACAAUUGUAUGACCUCUUGGAUAUGAUGAGCUUGAUUGGACAUCCUCCAACAAAACGAAUGCUCUUUCUGGGUGACUAUGUUGACAGAGGAGAUUUCAGCUUAGAGACAAUAACAUUUCUUCUAGCUUUCAAGCUCAGAUAUCCGAAGGAGACAUACAUGCUUCGCGGAAACCAUGAGACAAGAUGCGUUAACAGACAAUAUGGUUUUUACGAUGAAUGUAAAAGGAAGUUCCCAAAGAGAGGUGUGGAAUUGUGGACAAUAUUUCAACAUGUCUUCAACUGCCUGCCCAUGGCUGCAGUGGUUGGUGGAAGGAUAUUCUGUGCUCACGGGGGCAUUUCUGAGGAUUUGGUCUGCUUCAGACAACUAGAAAGAGUGUAUCGGCCUACAGAUAUUUGUGAUAUUGGACUUCUAUGUGACCUGAUAUGGUCCGAUCCAUGCACCACAACAACUUUGUACGAACCCAGUCCCCGUGGAGUAUCAGCAACAUUCGGGAAGAAAGCGGUGGACGAGUUUUGCGCAUCAUUAAACAUCGAUCUGAUAUGUAGAGCUCACCAAUGUGUUAUAGACGGGUACGAGUUUUUCGCCGAUCGCAAAUGUUUGACCAUAUUCUCAGCUCCUUGCUACUGCGGAGAGCUCGACAAUAAAGCAGCAGUACUUGUUGUAAAUAGCCGCUUAGAAUGUCGUGUGCUCACGUUCAAAAGAGAAGAGAAGUCUGUUCGAACAAAAGGAACCGCAGAAGAGGCACCAAAAGCGACAACACCCGUGCAAGACAAUGUGAAGAGUGCACCUGCUAGUCCCGCAAGAAGCGCAAAGACUUGCAAAUCGGUACAGCAACCGUUAGCUGAUGGGCCUAGCAAAGAAAAAUCAAAGAUAGAUGGUAGCCAAGUAGCCGCUGCUGGUUCCAGUAAAUCUAGUACCACCCCAGUGGUGUAGAAAAGAAGAAAAUUGGAAAUGACCUGCACUCUCAUGACAAACAAAAAAUGCUCCGAC